AUGUCAUCCAGGGUUUCUAAGACCAAAUCCUCUUCUGUCCGAAAGAACGAAUUGUUGCGCAAGAUUUCCGAUAACGGUUUUGCUAUGGUUUUCUCUUGUACUCGGUGUGCUCGUCUGGGUAAGACCUGCGUCAAAUCUGAUGAUUCCGAUCGUUGUAGCGAGUGUGUUAAGGAAGGUGGUCGUUCGCGUUGUGUUGAAAUGAAACCUUCCUAUUCUGAUGCUGAAUGGCGUCGUCUCGUUCGUGCUCAGCAUUCCAUCAAGGAUGAAGAAGAGGCUCUUCUGGCGAAACUCCUUCGGUUGCGAAAACAAGAACGUUUGCUUAGGGAGCGUGCGAAUGAAUUUAUUUCCCAUGAGUUUCAAGCGAUCGAAGAAUUGGAAGAAUUAGAAAGGGAAGAAAAUAGAACUCAUGAAGAACAAGGGAAAUUUCAGAAACAAGGAGAGGAUGUUGAGUGUGAUGCUCAACUGGCGUCGGUAUCCAACGAUCCUAGUUUGACUCAGAUGAUGAAUUCCCCUUCCUUCUGGGAGAAUUUCGACUCUGCUGUCGCUGGUGGUAUUCCUUCACCAACUGGUGGCAACCAGUCAAGUUCGCAAUAG